CUCAUUUCCGUGUUGGCAGCCUAAGAGUAAGUACUCAAGGGAAAACACAGAGAGAGAGAGAGAAACAUGGGAGACCAAACGCCGUGUGCAGCUUUGUCUAACACGCUGAACAAAGUGAAACCAUACCUGGCAAUGGUCUCCCUGCAAUUUGGAUAUGCAGGGAUGUACAUAAUCUCCAUGGUUUCUUUGAAGCAUGGCAUGAGUAAUUUCAUCCUUGCUACGUACCGUCAUGUUGUCGCAACCAUUGUCAUUGCACCCUUUGCCUUUGUCCUUGAAAGGAAAAUAAGGCCAAAGAUGACCCUCCCUAUCUUCCUCAGGAUUGUGCUUCUUGGUUUCCUGGAGCCAGUGCUUGACCAGAACUUGUACUAUCUCGGAAUGAAGUACACUACGGCGACUUAUGCAUCUGCUUUUGUCAACAUGCUUCCUGCUGUUACCUUCAUACUGGCAAUGAUUUUCAGAUUAGAGAAGAUCAAUGUGAAGAAGAUACGCAGUCUAGCAAAGGUCGUUGGAACUGCAAUCACGGUCGUAGGAGCAAUGGUCAUGACUUUGUACAAAGGUCCCAUUAUUGAUUUCAUCAAGUCAGGAGGAGCUACCCACAGUGGAACCACCACUGAAUCUGCAGAUAGGCACUGGGUUACUGGGACCAUAAUGCUUCUGGGAAGUAUAUUUGGCUGGUCAAGCUUCUUUAUUUUGCAAUCAUUCACGUUGAAGAAGUACCCUGCAGAGCUCUCUCUUACAGCUUGGAUAUGUUUCAUGGGAAUGGUGGAAGGUACAGGAGUGUCCCUUAUCAUGGUCCGUGACUUCAGUGCCUGGAAAGUAGGCUGGGACUCAAGGCUUCUUGCUGCAUCUUACUCUGGAAUAGUGUGCUCCGGAAUCGCAUAUUAUGUGCAAGGAGUCGUCAUCAGGGAACGAGGGCCAGUUUUUGUAACAUCUUUCAGCCCUCUAUGCAUGAUCAUCACUGCUGCGCUAGGGGUUAUUGUUUUAGCUGAAAAAAUCCACUUUGGAAGCAUACUUGGAGCCAUUAUCAUAGUCUCAGGCCUUUAUAUUGUGGUGUGGGGUAAAAGCAAAGAUGCGAAAAACUCAGAAACAGAUGAGAAAAGCAUUGAGCAGGAAUUGCCAAUCACAAACAAUGCUAGAUCAAUUAGGGUUGAUGAUGGCAUUGAUGGACCUCCCAAAAUUGUUAAUAUUCCAGCUGCAAAGAGCCCCUUCAGUACUCAAGGAACAUAAACACUUCCUUCCAAAAUGUUGAUAAAUUUGCAGCAGGAGUUGUUCUUUCCCAAGCGAUAAAAAACAAUACUAUGUAACCACUCCCCACCCCCUCUCUCUCUCUCUCUCUCUAUUUCUCAGCUGCUCUGCAUCUAAGUAAUUUGUAACUUAUCAUGUUUUGAUUGUACUCUUGAGGCUUUGAUUUGGUUCAAGCAAAAAACCAUGAAUCGUUGCGCUUUGCCAA